UUACUCGAGGCUAGAUCCAAGGCAAGGCAAAGCGGAUUCAGCGAAGCCGCUGGGGAGCAGGCCAUGGAGCUCGCCAAGAUCGACCUCCGCGGGGUGGAGCCCGGCGGGCCGGGAUGGGAGGACGCCCGCGCCGCGGUGGCCGCGUCCAUGGUGGCGCACGGCUGCGCCGUCGUCGUCGCCGUCGAGCACGACGCGCUCGGCCCGGAGCUCCGGCGCGCGCUGUUCUGCCGCGCCAUCCCGGAGAUCUUCGCGCUCCCGCCGGAGGCCAAGCAGCGGAGCGACUCCCGCUGGGGCCCGUUCAAGGCCUACAUCUCGCAGGUCCCCGGCAUGGCCAUGGAGAGCAUCCGCGUCGCCGAGGCCGCCGACGCCGGCCGCGUCCGCGACUUCGCCGGCGUCCUCUGGCCGCAGGGCAACCAGGAAUUCUGCGACACGAUCGUGUCGUUCGCCAAGUGCAUGCUGAAGCUGGAGCGGGCGGUGGAGACGCUGACCCUGGAGGGCCUCGGCGUCCGGGACGAGAGCAUCGGCGACCACCUCGCGUCGCUCACCCAAGGCAAAUUUUUGCUUGGCUACGGCGCGCCCCCGGACAGGGAGACCGGCGUGUCCAUGAAGGAGCACCGCGACGACACCAUGGUCACCGGGAUCGUGCAGCACGAGGUGGAGGGCCUCGAGGUGCGGGCCGGGGACGGGCGCUGGCACGCCGUGCCUCCCGAGCCGGGCACGGUCACCUUCGUCGCCGGCGAGCAGCUCAGGGUCGUCACGAACGGGCGGGUGCCGGCGUGCCUCCACCGCGUCAGGACGCCGAGCAACCGCGACCGCUUCUCGGUGCUGUUCGGCUGCCGGGCCAGGGACAACGCUACGGUGAGGGCCAUCGAUGAGCUCGUCGGCGGCGACCAACCGCUGGUGUACACGCCCGUGAGGUACGACGAGUACCCCAGCGCGCAAAUCCGGAGCUCCACUGAUGAAGCGGCGUGAUUUCUGUUCACACAUAUAUACAGAUACAGAGGGAUACAGUGUUGCAGCUGUGGAAGAAUCCAACUUUUACAUCCCUUUGCAAUAAGUACCGAAAUUGUCUGGCUGUUGAAAGAAGAAUACUUGUAAGAAGCGAAUAAAACAGCAGGAAAGUUGCCACUUUUGAUCGUGGAGAGCAUGCAACCUCCCAAGGGUUUCCAUGUCCUGCUGUAGCUGCUUCACGCUGAUCCUUAGGAAGGAGAGGUUCUGAACAUGCGAGUGGUUAAUCCAAACUGGCAGCUUCCGGAACCAGCAGCCAUCUACUUGUAAACUGCGGAGAUUCUGAGGCCCAACCCAGCCAUUCACGUCAUCUAUUUCUUGGAUGUGGAUAGAUAAAUUCUGGAGUUUUUGCAGCUUGCGUAGGCACUCUGAUAAUGCCAGUGCGCGGAAGUAGCCAGCUAUAUCCAGCACUCUCAGUUCUGUUAGAUGUCCCAGCUCUUCUAUAUCGUCACCCGUACUGAUGUAUGACCUUGACAGCUCUUCAAGGGAUAUGUUAGACCCCUGCUGGUCCCUUUCAUAGCAGUUCCAAAUGACCAUAAACUUUCUUCA